AUGAUGCGCCUAUACCUCCUACCUAUAUCGACGCGACGGACGCUCCUAUACGCACAGCGACUCCAGCAGCAGCCCGGUACCGCGGCGGCGGCCAGCAGCACUGCAGGCUAUGUCGACCGAGCCGUGGAAGUCGCAGCGCGCAAGUGGGCGCAGUGGGAGAGCAAGGAAUCCGGCUGGCAGCGCAAGGUGACCGAGUACGGCAACCAUGCGCUGCGCCGCAUCCCGUACGAGGAGUGGGGGCUCAAGUCGGUGCCGCCGCUGUCGUCGCAUCGUCGGCAAAUCGAGUCGACGGGCCAGGACAAGGUGCAGCUCGUGUUCCCCGGAGGCGUGAUACCCUCAACUAAGGCUGGGCCGCUGGCGCUCAAGCUGGCUACGGAGAGGGAGGCUCUGCAUAGGAAGAGGUUGAUGUGGUGUGUCGUCGCCAUGCCGUUUACAAUUCCCGUCGGCAUAUUGCCAGUAGUACCCAAUCUCCCUUUCUUCUACCUAGUAUACCGCUCGUGGUCUCACUGGCGCGCUAUCCAAGGCGGCAAACACAUCCAGUGGCUUGUCCAGAACAACCUCCUCAUCGACUCUCCCAGUCCCCAGCUCGACGGGCUAUACCCCGAGAAGCCCCCGCAGCACGACGAUUCCCCCGACGCGCCGGAGACCGUUCUCCUCAAGCAGGAUGACGUUCCCAGCUUCUCCAAGACCCUGGAUAUGCCGGUCCUCUCGGUAGAAUUAGAGCGCGCUAUAUGGCAGGUUGAGAAGACAGUCGAGGGAGGAUCCGGAAAGAAGGCGGGGGAGGAAAAAUCCGGUAAUGGUACGAAGAAAGAUGGGAAGCAGGCAUGA